UUCUUUACCGUAUAGUUUCGUAAUAGCUUAAAUUUGAACAGUAGGUGCGCAUGCGUACUUAAGAUAAACCAAAGGAAGAAAGAAAACCUGGCGGAGAUGAUCACUAGUUGACGUCAUUGUGCGCCAAAUAGAUGCGCAGUUGAAUGCUAAAACAAUGGCGGAAGUUGUAGAUCUCAAAAGUACUGCUUCAAAGCGUCCUAGGACCGACAGUAGACGUCAGAGUAGCUUGGAUGAGGGUUAUGAAGAAGGAUUCGAUGUUACCACACACGCCAAUGCAGCAAAACGACGUAAAGAGACAGAUCCGACAAGUAUAAAAGGUAAUAAUACCGAGGUUGACGAAUCAGACUUAGAAGUUGAUCAACAAUAUGGCAGUUCUGUUGCAGAACAAGAACAUACACUUGUUCCAAAGGCUGGUCAUAGCACAGAGGCAAAUAACACUAUACUAAGCUCAACUGAACAACAGGCAAAUAUUGAAAAAGACAAAGAUGCAGAAUUGCUGUUAUUUAGCCACCAGGGAGAAGAUUCGGAUGAUGAUAGUAGCUCAGACAGUGAUAGCAAUAGUCUAUCAGGUGGCAGUGAGGCAGGAUGGCGGCCUAUUGCUGGCCCUAUGGCAUGGGUAGAGCGUCAGAUGAUGAAAGGUGAAGAUCCAAGAGGUGUUCUAGAGAGUAUUCUACCAGAUGGUCAGUCUUCACAGAUCCCCAGUGACAUUGAUGACAUCACACUUUGGAAGAUUAUCAUAAACAUUGUAUCAGAGCCACCCAUGAGACCCAAGUUGAAGGACUACAAUACAUUUGAUGAUGCUGUGAAUCUCAUCAGGAAUUCUAAGAAGAUUGUUGUCCUCACUGGAGCUGGGGUAUCAGUUUCAUGUGGAAUCCCUGACUUCCGUUCAAGAGAUGGCAUAUAUGCACGGCUAGCAAUAGAAUACCCAGAUUUGCCAGACCCACAGGCCAUGUUUGACAUAAAAUACUUCCUGCAUAAUCAGAAACCAUUCUUCAAGUUUGCCAAGGAAAUUUACCCUGGGCAGUUUGAGCCAUCGUUGAGCCACAAGUUCAUUAAGCAGAUAGAGAAUCAUGGCAAGCUGUUGCGUAACUACACUCAGAAUAUUGACACUCUGGAGCAGGUUGCUGGCAUUUCUAAUGUUGUACAGUGUCAUGGUUCAUUUGCCAUGGCAACCUGUAUGAACUGCAAGUACAAAGUGAAUGCUGAAGCAAUCAAAGAAGAUAUUAUGAAUCAAGUGAUUCCCAGAUGUCCUGAAUGUCCAGCUGAUACUGAACUUAAUAUUAUGAAACCUGACAUUGUCUUCUUUGGGGAAAGUCUACCUGAGGAGUUCCACAGGCAGAUGGAGCUGGACAAGGAAGAGUGUGAUCUCCUAAUUGUUGUUGGCUCCUCACUCAAGGUUCGCCCUGUGGCUCUUAUACCAAAUUCCAUCCCAGCCUCUGUACCUCAGAUCCUCAUCAACAGGGAGCCUCUCACACACUUGCACUUUGACAUUGAGCUGCUUGGAGAUGGUGACGUCAUCAUAAAUGAACUAGCACAACAUCUGGGGAACUCCUGGGUAGUUGACCCCUCAUGUCCACCGCUCACAGAGAUUACAAAAGGCAAUUUGUUAACUCCACCUUUGUCAUGUGACUCAAACUCCUACCCAGGGAACAGCAAUGACAAUAGCUGCAGUAUAUUUCCCUCUACCUCAAAUGAUGCAAUAACAAACAGAACUGAAAGUGCAGAUCUCAAUGAAAAUACUGUUAACUUGAAUCAGCAGAGCCCUACCUCAGCAAUUACUUCAUCUCAUUGUGUUUCUAUAAUUACACCAGCGAUAGAGUCAACUGAAGCUAAUCAUGUGGACAAUACCAAGUCUCACCUCACAAAAGCCUCUACUGAACAAAUAGAAACAUUUUUGAAAGACUCAAAAACUGAAAGCAAUCUUCCCGAAGAAAAUACUUCACAAACUGAUCAAAUUACUGAAAAGGAUCACUCAGUAACUGAAAAUAGUGAACUUAAAUCUGAAAGUUGCUCUAGUUUGGAGGGCAUAGUUAAAACUGGCUCAUUAGAUAAGCAACUCAUUACUGGCUGUGGUCCAUCAGGCUUGGGGCCAUCUGAGCCAGGGUAUUCAUCAAUAUUGGCAGGAGACACUUUUGUUUCAAAAGGUCCCAGAUCAUCUGAAGUUAUAAUUGAGUGUGACCAGUCGUCAUCUAAUGUGGCAGAUUCUUCAGAAAGUACAGAACAAGAUAACAGCAAUAAACCAGAGGUAAAGGAUGCAUUAAUGUUACCAACAGAUAAACCAGCGGUAGAAGAUGCAUCAGUGUUACCAAUAGAUAAACCAGAGGUAGCAGAAGAUGCAUCAAUGUUACCAACAGAUAAACCAGAGGUAGCAGGAGAUGCAUCAAUGUUACCAACAGAUAAACCAGAGGUAGCAGGAGAUGCAUCAAUGUUACCAACAGACAAACCAGAGGUAGCAGGAGAUGCAUCAAUGUUACCAACAGACAAACCAGAGGUAGCAGGAGAUGCAUCAAUGUUACCAACAGACAAACCAGAGGUAGCAGGAGAUGCAUCAAUGUUGCCAACAGACAAACCAGAGGUAGCAGGAGAUGCAUCAAUGUUACCAACAGACAAACCAGAGGUAGCAGGAGAUGCAUCAAUGUUACCAGUAGAUAAACUAGAGGUAGCAGGAGAUGCAUCAGUGUUACCAAUAGAUAAACCAGAGGUAGCAGGAGAUGCAUCAAUGUUACCAACAGACAAACCAGAGGUAGCAGGAGAUGCAUCAAUGUUACCAAUAGAUAAACCAGAGAUAGCAGGAGACACGGGCACCUCAGUGAUUGUUGAAAACACUCAAAUGAUGUCAAAAGACACCCCAGCAUUGUCUCAGGAUACACCUGGACAUUCCAAAGAAGAGUUGGAACUAUUGAAAACUUUCUGGCAACCUAAACGCUGGAAUCUAGCUAAUAUGUUAGCAGAUGGUCAGUAUCUAUUCCUGCCUCCAAAUCGCUACAUCUUCAAAGGUGCCGAGGUCUAUGAAUCUGACAAUGAUGAUGAUGACCCCAGUUACCAUGGUAACAAUCAAGCAGAAUCUCCUGAUGAUCUCUCUGAUUUGGAACCAGAAUUGACAAUGCUGCCAAAUCUACAUCAGGAUACAAAAACUGCCGAUAUUAUUUGCCAUAGCAACACGCGUCAGGACAAUGACAUUGUGAAUGUUGAUAUUCCAGCAUCUGAAUGUCCUGUUGAAAUUGGAGAAAUUACUGGUUCUCAACAUCUUCCUAUAAAAAGUGAUUCCCUCAAAAAUACAUCUGGUACCACCAUAAAAACAGACUGUUGCCAUGACAGCUGACAAAACAAAUCACUUCCUUCUUGAUGUUGGUAUUACUUCUGUUUUGUCCCAUCAAUCUUCUGGGGAUAUAAAGAGUGCAUGUCUGUUUGUGAGUCUGCAAUAACACAAAUGCCGUUUGUCCAAUUUUGCUAAUAUUUUAUAUUCUCUAUGGGAAUAAUUAAUAGUUCUGUUUGAAAGCCAAUUGUGGCCACUUGAUUUAUUUGAAUGUACAUUUGUAUUGUUAUUGUGGUGUACUACUUAUUAUCCCAUCGAACGAAGUUUGGAGGGAUAUAGGGAACGCGUCAGUCCAUCCGUCCGGGCAAUAACUCAAAUACCGUUGGCCCGAUUUUGUUCAUAUUUUGUGCACAUAUACCCUAU